AUGAAUCGCAAGUUGAGCUCCAGAAAUUGCGUGCAAUACUAGAAAAGACACCUGUGCCUGACACUGCAAGUUCAUCUGGAAAUUAUGACAAGGAUCAUGUAGAUGAAAAUAUCAAAGAUGCGCUGAAAUUUGCAGAUGAACUUGAAUGUGGGGUUCAAAACCUUUCAGAACUCACUGAAAAAAUUAAUAAAUUAGCAGAACCUCAUAAAGCAAAUCUGAAGGGCACAUUUUCUUUAGAGACAGACCAGAGUGCAGCCAGCUCUACAUUUUUGGAUGCUAAACAAUAUGAUCAUGAUGUACCUAAUCUACAGCACCCUAGUGACUCUGUGGAAACAACGGAUUGUGAAUCUGGGUCAGAGGACACCUCUUUUGCAACACCAAAGAAAUUUGAGGAUACUCAAGCUGAGGAGUUUAUUUUGUACUCUAUUGAAGCUCCAGAAUCUGACGAAGAACAGAUUUCUACUUCAGAGGAUGAUGUCCUCCAGCGAAGACAAGCUAUGGAGGAAAUAAAUGAAGAAGAAAUCACCCAGCUGUCUUCAGAGCAACAGAGUGUUUAUGAUCUUGAGGUGGAUGUACUCGCAAAUGCAACUUCAACUGGUAGUGACAAUGCAGAGCUUCUACAUUUACCAUCAGAUGUACUUCAGCUUCAAAUUCAUUUGUCUGAACAAUCUGACACAAUACCAAAUCAAGUAAUGCCAACAGAAGUAAUUCCUAGUGCUACACUAGGAAUAAGCACUCAAGACGUUGCAGAUUCUCACUUGAGUGAAGCAGAUGAAAAUCAAACUAUGCCCCAGGAAAAGAAAGUCUUAUCUGAAGUGACAACUCCAGAAUGUGAGCAGGUUGAAGUCCUUACUGAAAAUUUUUUUACAACAGACAGAGAUGCUGCUGCGGAAACAAUAAUUCCAGAAGAAGAGACUGCUGUCAUUGAGGCAGAGAAUCGUGACAUCAAUCGUGAAUUUUAUAACAUCUCUUUUGGCCAAUCUGAGGAAACUGAUGAGGUAACAGAGAGUACAUCAUUGGGCUUGUCAUUCUCAGAAACUGAGGACGAUGUGUUUGACAAAUAUCGGCAAGACCAACGGAUCCCUUCUGAGCCUAUUUGUUCGACUUGUUUAUUAGAGAGAUCAAGUUCUUCAGAUGAAUUAAGACAAGAUGAUAGAGUCCAGGAGACCCAACAGGUCAGGCGGCGGACCAUGCGUUUUGGAAGUCACUCAGCUGGACGAACCCACCAUGAUGAGGCUCCAGUGCCUUUAGCUGUUAGGCGUCGCCUUCCAAGUGUUUGCCGUUCUUCAGCGUAUUUACUAAAAUAUAUUUUACUGGUAGCUGCCUUCUCCCUUUUGGGUACAUAUAUAUAUUUAGUUAUGAGACCCCACUUUGAUGUGAACUACAGUCUCUUCGAACUAUUGGAACCCUUCUGCACCUUUGAAAAUGUAUUACCAGUUCCCUUCUAAUUUAGCCUACAAGAAAGCCAAUGCAUUUUAUUUGGAUAAGCUUACAAAAGUCCCCAAAGAAACAGUUUUAGACAAGUACUAUUGCCAAGAA